CACUGGCUUCCCCAGUUUAUGCACAGUUAGCCGUCGCUGCUAAUGGCCGACAUAGCUGUCCAGAUUUAUAAAUAGUUUAGAGGCUGUUUGUUUCAUCCGUCUGAAACUCGACACCAAAGGAUCUCACAGAGCCACAUGCUAAGCUCAAGCCGUCAUUCUAUGGCCUCAUGGUGGACACUCUCUCUGGGACAGCUCCUCUAUUUUUGUCUGGUCUCUUGUCCUGACUUCCACUGCCUGCUGCUGGUCAGAUCCUCAGAGAUCUCACUGUGGACCUCAAACUGGAUUUGGAUUAUUCUCAAUAGAAAGAGCCUGGAUCUCCCAGAGAGUGGAUGUGUGAGGUGACAGUUCAGGAUUAGAUCGACAGGGCCUCCUUUUGGGGAGAGGGACAAAACAAGCAGAAAGGGACAUAAUAAACAAUUCCCAAAUUAUGGAUUAUAAAUCCGGAAGGUUUUAGAGCUGCAAGCUCGUCACUGGACAAAAAUAAACCUGCCACAUGCAAGAAUGAAAAGAAAUCAUCUUGACAGCUAGAGGGGAGAUUAUUGCUGCAUAAAAAACACGCAGAAAGCAGCAGAUUGAAGGAUCAUUUGUGCAGAGCCAAACUGAACAAACAAUGCCUCAGGAGAAAAUCCUGAACAGAGGCCCCAAAUUUCGGGUGCAGCAGUUAUACCAGCAAAAACGGAUUGAAACUUUAAGGUCCAUAUUUGCAUGAAUGACUGAACAACUAAAAAGCAAUAUUUUUUCUUGUAAGUCUGCGUCAUGACCUCAGUUGAGAAGCGUCGCUCGAGCCGCAAGAGCGGUGGGCACAGGAAGCACAGCGAUGGAGGCUUCAGCGACACGUCGAGUGGGGGCUCCUUCCUGGAUGAGACUGAUCGGGAGGUCAGCAAUCUGACGGACAGAGCGUUCAGAAGCCUUUGUAUUGGAGAUGAGGCUGUUUAUAAUGACUCUGACCUCAGUUUAUCUUCGCCUAGCACCUACUCAGACAGACAGCUGGCUUUCUGCAGAUACAGAGAGGAGAGAGAAAGGGAGGACCGAAAGAGAGCUGCACAGGAGAAUUUCAACCUCAGUGUGCAGCAAUAUGGACAGGACUGGAUCACGGCAGAGAUGUACGGAGCAGAGAUCCAGAGAGAAGCUCAGUGGGAGGCUUAUGGGGACAGGACACAGGGGAUGGUUUCUGCCACAUUCCAGCACUCCUUAGUGGAAACCUCACAGUUGGGCAAGUCUCUGAGGGAAGAGGAGCUGUCCUUCCACAGCAACGGAGCCACGGAGUUGAGUUCACAGCAACGCAGAAGCCACUCGAGAGUCUCGUCUCUCAUCAGGGCGUUUAACUCUGACAGACACAGAGACGGAGCAGGAGCGGAAGAUAACAUCAGGGAGCGGGACGAUGGGACGAGUUGGGACAAAUCAGCUCUCAUGAGUAUUCAGAGAGAACUUUCUGAAUUCUCAUACCAGCAAAAUUUCAACCAUCACUUCCAUCCUGCCGGGCCGUUUUCAUGUCGAGACCCAAACUUCUAUUCCUCUGAAGCAGAAGCAGUGGCCCAGAUGUCUCACAGCUAUAUGAGGUCAUCACAAACCAAACACAUCAUGUCUGCACAGGCCAACUGCAGCUCAAACUUCUUCAUCCACAGUGAGUUCAGUCCUUUCCAGUUAUGGAGAGAUUACAACAGGUUUCCGUUUCGGCAAGCGGAAGUCUCAGGCUUUAUGCAUUACUCUGAGUUUCCGAAAUGGUAUCAGACGCCAAUGUACAAUGAACUUUCUCUUGAAAAUCAAGCACACGGCCGUCACAGAGACAUCAGACAAUCUAGGAAUCACCUGGAAUAUCAGGUUCCUCUGACGGCUCCACGCUCCAUCUCAACUUCCUCUCAGAUCCAGAGAGCGUCAGCUGUGGAGAAACGCUGCGAGUCAGAGCUGGCGGUUCAUCAACCUCACAGGAAGUGGACACAGAGCCUGGGAACUAACAAACUUCCGCCCCACCGCCCGUCUACUGCGUCACCCUCUACUGAGAUGUCUCGACGUGUCAGAGACACCAUCGGCUCUGUCAAAGCUCUGCAGCAAAAGGUUAAAAUGAUGUCAGAGUAUGACACAUCUAAUCAACAAGAAACAUUCAGUAGGAAUGAAAGUUGGUUUAACUCAGGAAAGAACACGUUGACAGCAGAGACGAACACUGUCGGCAGCAACAAAGCAAAUUCCUUUAGAAUUGGCCACCAACUCGCACCUUCUGUCCAACAACAUCAGGAUGUAGACACAUCCCGCUUACACCAGCAUGAAGUCUCCCCUCAACCAGUAGAGCAUCCUCCAGUGAGAGCCGAAAGCCGAGGAGCAACUCCCGAUGUCAGGAUGUCCAGCUACAGAUCUCGAGCCACAAGCCUGCUCUUCAACCUGAAAGACAACAGAAAAAGAGUAAAAAGCACCUACAGUCCAACCAAGUUCAAAGGCUUAGAUACAGCGGAGAGGAACCAACAGCCCCAUGGCCAGGAGCCACACGAAACUGCAUUUACUAGUUCAGAUGUUCAGUGUCUCCAGCCAGAAGCACCGAGAAGCACAAACGCUGCUAUAAACCAGUAUCACACCCCCGGACUAUCACUUACUGCCCAGACGUCUCAUCCCACUAGAGUAAACACAGGCCACUAUUCAGAAACCACUGCAAAUGAUUACCAGGUUGCUCAGAUGCAAAGCCAUGGCUCUGGAUUCAGUGGCUUUGUAACUUCAAAUUACUCCAACAAUCAUCUGCUCGGAAAUGGGCAGAAUCCUAAUAAAUAUUUUGCGUCAUUUACUCCCUACAGGCAAGAUAUUUAUGGAUCUGCAGAAGAAGUCAAGCAGUCUUACUCAGCUGAAGACACAACAAGACUGAGUGUUGACAACAAUCAACACAGAGAACAUCCAACAGGCAAAGCAAAUGCAACGCAAAGGGGAGUGUUUGUAAAGGUGGACAGAUAUGAGCAGCUCGAAGAAAACAAACACAAUUACAAAAAUGUGUCCUCCUCCCAGGAUGACUGGAGACAAGCAAGCGUCCAAGAUACAGAAAAUAUCCAUCUCAAAACAAAUGUUCCCCCAGUGAAACAUGAGACAAUGUCUUUGGUGGAAUGCUUAAAGCAAGAAAAUUUGCAUGGUGGAGAAAAAGAACAAGUAAAGGAUACUAAUUUAGAACAGAAUUAUAACAGAUUUACCAAUCAGUACGGUAGAGGCCAACAAAAUCUUACAUCAGACAAAACAAUGGACAUGAUAACAACAGGUCAGACUAAAUUAAAUAUAUCCACUCCAAAUGAAAACAUACAAACUAACCCUCAGUUUGAAAAGAAAAAUCAGCCAAAUCCAAAAUUUAUUGAAGAAAAUGCAUCAACCAUCGCAAUGACAAAUCAGGUAAAGAACAUGCAGACUGUAGACACCAAAUGUGAACAGGUGAUGGCAUCCCACAGGAAACCACAAUAUCCCCAAGCAGAAAUGGCCAAAACCCAACAGAAAGCUCAUGCUGAGCCACCAAAAACAGAAAUAGCAAAGUUUAUUUUGUCAAGGCAACCUGCAUUUGAAACUGUCAAAAUGCAAGAGCUGCACAAUAUAAGACAAGUCAAAGAUGAUCAUAUAAUUAAAGUGGAAGGGAGGAAAAAUGAGCAAAAAGAAAAGUCAAGAGACACAUACUUUCAGCAGGAAGAAGAGAAACAGAUGAAGGGUGAAAAAGAAAGGGUUUUGAAGCUAACAGACGAGCCAACAAAUGUCACAGAAAAAGUCCCUAAGAAGCUCAAAACAGAACAAGCUGAGAAGGAGAAGCUAAAAGAGGAACACAUAAAACCCGAACUGGCAAAGACCGAGGCGCCUGAGCAGGUCAGAAUAGACCAAGUUAAACAUGAACAGGCCAAUGGCGUGCAAGCUGGGGAAAAACAGGAGAGCACAGAAAAAGCAGAGGGAGAGCAGAUGGAUGCAGAGAAAAUCAAUAUGGAAAAGGUUAAAGAAGAACAGAUCAGAGGUGAACAAAGAGAGCAGAUAAAAGAGCUGCAAACUAAAACAAUAGAAGUGAAGAGAAUGGGAAUGGAGGUGUUGGAGGUCAAAACAGACCACAUGAAAGUGGAGGAUGUCAGGGAAGGUAGGGAUGAGAAAGAUUCAAGUCAUGCAUGUCAAAUUAAUUUAGAGGAGGCCACAUCAGGUACACGUAGCGCCGAAGACACGCGAGGAGAAAAGACAAAGCUGGAAGAAAACCUGGAGCAAAAGGAAUCUAAGCAAUCGAAAACAGAAAACCUGCUGGAGAGGUCAGCUAAACUCACAGCCAAGGUUGCAGCAACACAGCAGGCCAGACAGGAACCGGACAGAGUCGAACAAGUUAAGACAGAAUUAGCGAAAGCGAAAGCAGAGUUAGCUAAAAUAAAGGAGAAAAUAAGAGGAGAGCAAACGGAAAAAGUGAGAAACAUUCUUUUCACCAAAGAAGGUCUUUUAAAGAAUGACAAUUCUAAUACUGGCGAAAACGCCUGCAACAAAAACCAGAACCACCCACUGGAAACACAAACUCAUGCAGUGACUGAUGAUUAUGAAAGGCUUAGGGAAAAAUAUGGUUUUACACAUCCAACAUCUGCAAACAGCACCAAAGUGUCAGCUGCAGAACAUAACGAACAAGCCAAAGAAAACCAAGUUGAAAUAGGAAAUAAUGUGUUAGCAAUUGACAGACCUUGUGUUGGUGACUCGUUUUUGACACCAGAGACAGAGAAUAAGGAGAGAGGUAGGAACUUUAAAUACAGUAAUGAGACAGUACAGGAGAGUGAUUGCAAUGAGCCAUUAAAUAAACCACAAUUAGGUAGCUGUCAUUCUCUUCUAACAAAUUCAUGCGAUAAAACAAACAGAGAAAAUUUAUCUGAGAAACUGAAGGACAACAGUGGUCAGAAAUCAGAAAAAAUUGAUAUUAUUAAAGGCACAGUUUCCCUGCAGAAAGACUCUGUUUCAGCUAAACAUGAAAGAAAGUCAACUGAUCAGCGGAUUAACGCAGGCAAAGACAUGGCUGUUGCUCCACUUAGAGCUUUGUCUCAAAGGGAGAAAGCUCAAACUAAGCAGGAAAUACUGACUUCCAAAAUAAAAGCACAUGCUGAAAAAGAGAUUUCCGCAAUAAAAGAAAAGGGAUUUGCUUUACCAGAAGGCUUUAUAGGCAAAAGCUCGGCCAUGUUGUUAGCAAGUGGUCAGAGUGUUAAUAUUCGACAGACGCCCUCAUCACAGGAAGUGCCUAAGAAGCACGAAACCACAGUGUCCAAUAAAAUCACAGCAAAGCAUCAGCUGGAGCCUUCAGGAGUGCAAAAAGAACCAGGCAAGUCUGCUUCAUCUCUGAGUUCUGAUACAGUGGGUGGUGAAGCAGCAGUCGAUCAUUCAGAAAAAUCCACAAAAACAAUCCUCCCCACAGGCACCUCUGUGAGCACAACUGACAUCUGUGUGCAAAACGAACAAAAGGAAGCAAAUCACACAGAAACAUCUGGAAGACUGAGCGGGGAAACGCAACAAGUGGAAAAUGAUGAAACUCUCACCAAAAUGAAAGACCUGGCACACGCCACGGGUAUGUCCAAACCUGUGACAGCAGAGGCCGCUAAAGAAGAAGCUCAUAAAGACUCAGAAUCAGAAGACUGCGUGACUCAAAAUGAAACCUCUGUAAGAGAUGACAGUGUGCUGAUUAUGGGGAUUAUGGUAACUGUAGUAGAAAGAAAUCCAGCAGUCAAUAGUGGCCCGCAGAAUAACAACAGUGAAAAACAGACCAAUUCAGGAAAGUCAUCAGAUUCAGGCUCAGAGAAUUCCAGCCAAGAAGAAGCAGAAAUAUUAGUGAAGACAAGGGACUCUAAAGAGAGUCCCUGUGUUAUGAAAGAAAAUGAAGAUUCUCUUGGUAAGAAUAACUUUUCAGAUAAUGUGAAAGAAACUUUAAACUGGAAAGAAAUUAACAGAGAAAUAUCAGCUGAAAAUGCAGAUCUCCAUCUCAACGAUUAUGCCACUAAUGCAGAACUACAGAAGAAGAGACAACCAGAAGCCGGGUCUGUGCCUUCUAAAGACAAAUUCUUUGCCAAAAUUCAACCGGUUCUCCACCAAAUGGACACAACUCUAGAAGACACAAAUGAUGUAAGUGAUAACAUGCCAAAGGAAAAUGUGUCAGAAACCUCUGGCCAUCCAGCGGCAGGAGAAGACGGAAGUCAACAUGAAAAGCCUCUCGUCAAUGAAAUAUCUCAAGAUAAAGCCAAUAAAGCCAAAAACGAUCUGCCAAUGAAAGACGACACGACAACAGUUAGAAAUAUUUCCGAAAGCAGUAACAAUGAUGGGCAGCGCUCACCUGUACCAGAAGACAACACCUGCUCCUAUACUCCACCAAGCCCCUUCAAUGAUUCAUGCACAGAUAACACUGGGAUUGUGUCUCAAAACCAGCAAUCCACUGAAACAUUCAGUAAAGAACACGACCAAGAAGAUACUGGUGUGCAUAUUGAAAACAUUGCCAUCAGAGUUGUGCCAACUGAACGUAAAACAGACAACGUGGACAUGUUGGAAAAAUGUGACAUGGAAGCUGUUCCUCCGAAUGUUGGGUCUGCCUCUGUGCAGAGUCAGGUUGUCCCAUCCUGCAGUGAAGGAAAACCACAGAAUUCAAAUCAUGGACAUCAUUUUGAAAACUCGACUCAAGAAAACAGUGAGCAGAAGAUGAAAGACCGUCUGGAAGAAAAAUUAGCUGUACAGUAUGUAUUAUCCAGUGUCAAGAAACUGUCUGACUCAUUGAAGGCAAGUGAGAAACAGAGCAAUGCAAAUACAACCAGGGAAUCCAUUACAGCUGGAGACAAAAAGUCAGAAUCUAGUGUACAGCUGGUGGAAGCAGAUUAUUUUCAAGUGCAAGGACCAGCGGAGACAAGCAACACGUCUCCUAACGAUAUCACAGCUGGAAAUGAUUCAAAGGGAAAGGGCGUCCUAAAGUUACUACCAAACGAGACAUUUAUUGGCACUGAACUACACAAGAAACAACAAAGUGAUGUCUUUGUGUUCACUGUGGAUCCAAGUGAACGAAAGACAGAUCAGUCAAGUUCAGAAAUUAUUGAAGGUGAGAACUUGACAGGUAAAAAUUUGGAAACUGGCGAUAAUACAGUUACUUCAAAAGAGCCUGGUGGUUCCAUGGAGAGUUGGAAUAAAAUAAAAAAUUUGGAUGCAAGCCAAUCUAAUCCCACCAGAACAUAUAAUGAGGUGAACCAGUUGGAGCCCUGUGCAACGGAAAGACAGAAUUCGGGUAAUCAAAAUUUAACAAGCGCACAUUCUGAAGCUAAGCCAAAUCCAAGAGAACGAGUGUCUGCAAUACCGGAAAUAUCAGCUAUUGCAGACUAUGCCAGAUUAAAGGUGAUAGUUUCAGGGGAUAAAGAAGAGCAGCCACUUCAGCAAUUCCCUCCCAACAAAAAGGAAGGGUUCUUCCCGCUAAUACAGACCCGUCAUAGCAGACGCCCUGUGUUUACUGAUGACCCACCAGACCGCUCUGUUAAAACCCAAAGCUUACCAAAUAAGACAGAGAUAACAGCCACAGUCAACAAAGAGUCCAAGUCGCUAGUAUUUCCUAUCAUGGAGAGGGAACACCAAAGAACUGGGAUGUUCAAACUUGGAGACAAAGAAAGACAAGAAAAAACACCUCUGAAUGCCCAAAUGACUCUCUAUAUAGACAAAGAUCCAAAUCAGAUCGAUACAAAGAAGUCCCCCACACAUAAGGCAGAAUUAGUGGCUCAAGCAGCAGAGGAGCAUCAAUGGAGGACAGCAGAAGAAGAGCAACAGAUGAAAGUUCCUCAUGAGAUACAACGGAGAGGAGCAGUGGAGGAGCAGUACAGGAGGACUGCAAAACAAGCUCAACAAAGGAUUGCAGAAAAAGAGCAACAGAUGAAGGCUCUACAUGAAAAACAACAGAGAAGAGUAGCAGAGGAGCAGCGGAGGAGGACUGAGGAAGCAGAGCAAAAAAGGAAAGCUACAUAUGAAGAACAACAGAGAAAAGCAGCAGAGGAACAGCAAAGAAAGGCUGCACAACUGGAGCAGAAAAGAAGGAUUGAAGAAGAAGAGCACCAGAGGAAGGCUCUACAUGAAGAACAACAAAGAAGAAUAGUGGAAGAGCAGCAAAGGAGAAUUGAGGAAGAGGAGCAAAGAAGGAAAGCUGCAUAUGAAGAACAACAGAGAAAAGCAGCAGAGGAGCAGCGAACAAAGGCUGCACAACUGGAGCAGAAAAGAAGGAUUGAAGAAGAAGAGCAACAGAGGAAGGCUCUACAUGAAGAACAGAGAAGAUUGGCAGAGGAGCAGCAAAAGAGGACUGAGGAAGAGGAGCAAAGAAGGAAAGCUGCAUAUGAAGAACAACAGAGAAAAACAGCAGAGGAACAGCAAAGGAGGAUCACAGAGGAGGAACAAAGAAAGAUGGCUCCUCAUGAAGAACAACAGAGAAGAGAGGCAAAGGAGCAGCAAAGAAUGGCUGCACAACUGGAGCAACAAAGAAGGACUGCAGAGGAGCAACAGAGGAAAGCUGUUCAUGAAGAACAACAGAGAAGAGCAGCAGAGAGGCAACAAUUGAGGGCUUCACAAUUUGAGCAACAAAUGAGGACUGCAGAAGAAGAGCAGCAGAGGAUAGCUUCUCAUGAAAAACAACACAAAGGGGCAGCAGAAGAGCAGCAAAAGAGAGCUGCACAAAUUGAUCUUCAUAGGAGGACUGCUGAAGAAGAGCCAAGAAGACAAGAUGCACACAAAGAACAACAAAGAAGAGAAGCAGAAGCACAGCAAAGGAGGAUUGCAAAAGAGGAGCAACAGACAAAAGUUUUACAUGAACAACAGAGUUUAGCUGUUGAAGAGCAGCUGAGGAGAGCUGGACAAUUGGAGCAAACAAGAAGGCUCAGAGAAGGCCCACAAAUGAGAAAAGCGGCACAAGAAGAGCAGGAGAGGAGAACCGUACAAGAACAAAAAAGAGAAGCAGAACAGCAACAAAAGAGAGCACCUCAAAGUCCAAAUGACCAACAAAGGAAAGCAAUAGAACUGAAUCAAAGAAGAGAUUCACAAUUGGAACAGAGAGAAAAAGGACAUGAAAAACAAAGACAAACUGUCCAACAGGACAAACAAAGAAGAGAGGUAGAGGAGCAACAAAGGAGACUUUCUCAAGAGGACAAGCAAAUGAUCCUUUCAGCAGAAGAACAAAAGAGAGGAGAGUUAGAUGAGCAGGAAAGAAAAGCAAAACAUGAGGAGCAACAGAGGAGAGUUGCACAGAAGGAGCAACAACAAAGUGACGUGGAAGAGCACCGGAAAAGGCUUGCACAAGAAAAGCAGCAAAGGAUAGCGUCUCUGAUUGAGGAGCAAAGGCAAGUUAAACAAGUAAAAGAGCAGACAGUUAGCAAUACCGAAAAAGAAACAAAAGGAAAAGCAAGAGAAGGAAUAAAUGCUUUCAUUUCAGAGAAGGAAAAUGUCAAACAGACACAAGAACUUAGAAUCCAACAACGGAAUGAAGUGCCAAUGAAUGAAAGUCUUGUGGAAGAGAAGAAAACUGCAUCAAGGAAAAUGUUGAAAAACGAGAACAUAGCUGCUGAGAAGGAAGAAAUCAUGGGAGAACAGAGAACAGAAAAACAUUUCAAACAGGAGAAUGCUAAAGAAUCGACACCAACUAAAACAGAUAAUGAUAGUCAAGCUAACAAGAUGGAAGAUGAUGAGCAGUUAUCAUCUCUCAAAGUAAAAGCAAGAGACCGUCAAGAGAUGGACAAAGAAACAGCGCAGAAGACGGAUGCUCUCCAGUAUUUUGCAAUCACCUCAACCAACAGAGAGACAAGAUCCAGAGAAAAACAGUUGUCCUCCGCUUCACCUUUACAACAACAAAAUAAGAAACAAGGGGAACUUGAAUCACCCAAUGACUUGUUGUACCAGAGACAUUACAGACCUCAUGCCGCUGCAUCUCCAGCUCCAACUCUGCCCCGCUCCAACACCUCCUCUCCUGCGCCAGGAGCCAAGCCCUUGAUGUUCAGAGUAAAGGACAACACCAUCAGAGGUUCCUCUCUCACAAAGUCCGUCAAGCCACGCUUCCAUAAGAACUUUGGAGAGGACUUCUUAAUGGGUUCAACAUUCGACGGGGCAUCAGACAAAGCAGAGGAUGACCAGGAGAUAAUCAGACGAAAUGCAGGGACCCCAUUAAGUCGUUUUGCUGCUAUCAGCGAGUCUGCAGCUCUCUUCUCGCCGUCUUCAUUACAAGAUUACUCAAGCACUACCCCUCAACUGAGACCCUAUUCUAGGAGGAGCAUGGCAACGGAUGAUGAUGAAUCUCGCUCUGUCAUCAGCAGCAUGUCAGAGGAUGUGGAGAGCUUUGCGACGAGUGCCUCAGAUCUGACCGAAAUGCAUGGCCCGUUUGAUUUUGACAGACCCGAAUCGGCAUGCAGUUUCAGCAGUGAUGUGUCGCGGUCUCUGGGCAAACCUCCAGCUGUUCCACCAAAAAGUGAAAAAGCCUUACGGAGAGCUCAAAGGUUAACCUCUCGAAGGAUGAAGAAAGAACUUUCCAAGGCUGCAGAAGGAAACCCUGUGGGAGUUGGGAAAGAGGUCUCCAGUUUUCCUUCUUCAUCAUCCUCCUCCAAUGAGGUAUGCUCCUCCAAUCACCAUGCUGUGGCUUCCCCCCAUUUUUCUCCACCUGUUGCCUUUGCUCUUGCUCCGGCUACUGGAUCCAGCUUGCCUUCCUCUCAUAAAGAUCGCAAAUCCUCUCAUCGCUCUUUUCAUGCUUCUCCUCAUGCCACCGGCCCCAUUUCUAUCCCCAGUCCUUCGCCUCAUGCUGGUUCUGCUGUGCCUCUUCAUGCUUCUAGCCCUGCUUCCAAAGCCGCAGCUCUUCAAACAGUUGCUCAUGUAUCCUCUUCUCCCACUCUCCAUCAUGUCAAUCACCCAGCCACUCCUGUGACACAAUACCAUGUAGAGUCAACCAACUAUCCAUUGACUCAGCGGAAGGUUCUGCAGGAUCUGGGAUCUGGUCAGUUCUUUGUCGUAGACGUGCCUGUUCAAGUAAAAACGAAAACUUUCUUUGAUCCUGAGACAGGAAAAUAUGUUCAGCUGAACGUGCGCCAGACUGGUCAGAAUAUUUCUCAGCCUCAGCUUCAACAAAAAUACCAACAGCCUCAAGUUAAACAACAACUGCAAGUCAAGCAGCAGCCACAGUCCCUCUCCUCUGUCACCACGGUUGCUAGUAAACCUUUUAGAUUUUAUCAAGGCUACCACAGUUCUCCCCAAAACUACCAGGCAGCUGUUGUCAACUCUAUGCAUGAAAGCAGCUCAUCAGUCCCAGCAGCUCUACACCAAAGCCAGCAGGCCUCAAGAGAAAACCACAGCUGCAGAACUCCCGUUCCUGAAAUUGAUCAGAACUCCGAGGGCCAUCGCUACAGUCCAGAGAAAACACCAUACAUGGACACAGUCAAUGACAUCACCAAGACAUACAAUUUGGUGAACAGCACACGGGACUCAUGCAACCCUUUUCCAGAGUGCGACACAAACAGCCCGCUUGGCAGAAGUUCAGUUUGUGAAAACGAAUACUCAGCUAACUUGGAGUAUCAGCCUCGUGACAUUAUUGCCAUAAGUGAAUUAGAAGAUUUCAUGGAGGUGUCUGACUGGUGAGAAAAUAGACUGACAUAAAAGUAAAGAAGUUUUUCCUGAAAUUAUAACACCUGAAACAUGCAGUGUAUAAAUGAUGCCAUAUAAAGUUUAAGUAACUUGUCAUCUGAAACAAAUUUUCUUUUUGAUUGUAUAGGUCACUGUGACAUGCUCUUAUACUGCUGCUGAUGUCUUUUUUCACAGAUUAACUGUUUUAUUUUGUAUUUGUAUUCUAUAUUUAUUGUUACCAUUCCAGUUGACUUUGAAUGUCAGAAGCUAACAUAUCUCCCCGUGUUAACAGUGACAUCUGUAUCUCAUUUCCUGGUAUGGUGAACAUACCUUACAUAAACAAAUUACAAACUGCCCCAUCAUAAAGUGCUUGAUCCUUUAUGGAAGAAUAUGCAUUUAUUUUGCAUUAUAAACAAUGGCUGGUCUGUUUUACCUUUCAUGUUGUGAAAGCCUUGCAAUGCAUGAAAUAACUCUUCAAAGUCAAUGAUCUUCAAAUGGUAUACAACAUAGUUUGUCUAUGCAGCAAGAGUGUCAAAACGAACAUGGUCACAUGGAAGUGAUACGACUUGUUGUUUUAAAGUUAUACGGUACUCUGUUUUAUAAGACGGAUGUUUCUAGGAGUGCUUUUGUGUUGCUGUGAAUGUAGCAUGACAUGGACUUUUUCAGACAACAAAAACACAUUUAACACAGAUAUUUCCAACCAUGUGAUUGUUAUUUUUUUUUCUUUUGAGGAU